ACCAAGCCGUGAAACAAAGUCUCUUUUAUUGGGGUUUCACUGCUGCUCUGGGGGAGUCCGAGCUACUAAGUAGCUUUUUACAGGUUUCAAGCAUGGCAGCAGAACAGGCGUUUGUCACUUUGGCCACAAAUGAUAGCUAUGCAAGAGGAGCAAUGGUGCUCGGAAAAUCCCUUAGGAACCACAAGACUUCAAAAAAGCUGGUGGUGCUCAUCGGACCCCAUGUGUCCGAUCAGUCAAGGGCAGUGCUUCAUAAGAUCUAUGAUGAAGUCAGGCUAGUGGAUGUUCUGGACAGCGGGGACACGGCACAUUUGGCCAUGAUGAAGAGACCCGAUCUGGGUGUUACGUUCACCAAGCUGCACUGCUGGAGUCUCACACACUACUCAAAAUGUGUGUUUAUGGAUGCAGACACACUGGUGGUCUCCAACAUCGACGAGCUGUUCGACCGAGAGGAGUUGUCUGCAGCGCCGGACCCCGGUUGGCCGGAUUGUUUCAACUCUGGUGUGUUCGUGUUUCGCCCGUCCAACGAAACCUACGGAAGACUUCUGCAGUUCUGCACCGAGCACGGCAGCUUUGAUGGAGGGGACCAAGGCGUCCUGAACGGCUUCUUCAGCGACUGGGCAACAGCUGACAUCACAAAACACCUUCCUUUCAUCUACAACAUGAGCAGCGUCGCCAUCUACACUUACCUUCCCGCUUUCAAACAAUAUGGUGCAAAUGCAAAAGUGGUCCACUUCCUGGGACAGAUGAAGCCGUGGAGCUACACGUACGACCCCCGGCAGAGGCGAGUGCGCGGGGACGUGGCGGCGGCGGCUCACCCCGGCUUCCUCCUGGAGUGGUGGACGCUGUACAGCGCUGAGGUGGUACCCAUGCUGACCCGAGAGUACGGAGACCAGCCCUUCUGCUCCGGCUGUGAGGAGGAUGCUGGUGAGAGCGAGGCGGUGUGUACUCAGACACUCGUGUCCUCAGCCGAGCGCAAGCAGAGAUGGGAACAGGGCCAGGCCGAUUACAUGGGAAUAGACUCUUUUGACAACAUUCAGAAAAAGCUUGAUGUUUUCCUUAAAUAAAGUUACAAUUUUAAACACACAAACUCAGCCAUGCAAGUGCCUCACAUUGCGAUAUGCUAAUUCAUCACACUCUUUGUCUUCAUACAAGCAUUUAUUGCCUGAACUUUACCUUUGAACCUCAUGCAAAAUGUGAAUUCUAAUAUACUUAGCAAUUCUUCUGAUUCAUAAAGGGAGUUUUGGGCCUCAGAAGUGUUGGCUUUCUCUUUCACUAGCUCAAAGUGCCAAUAUUGUAAUGGUGUACUCGCCAUGUUGCCAAAAGUUAUCAAUGAAAAGUAGUUUAAAUGUCACUGGAUGUAAUGUGCCAACUUGUUUACAUGUUUUCUCUCCUUAUACACUGCGUCCCAAAUCAAAUACUUCUCUACUAUGUAGUAUGUGAAAAAGAAUAUCAGUAUGAAAAAAGCAAUGUAAAGUUCCCAGAUGUCCUACUACUUCCAGCGAGAUUUGGAAAUGCACAUUCACUGGACACUGCUGUGUCCUAAAUCACAGGUUUACUCUCUUAAGUUGGUACUUAUUUUGAAUAAUUACCUCACAACCUCUAAAAAAAGUGUGUUCUAUAUAGUAUUGGAUGUGUGCAGUUUAAAUAGUAGUAGUUUAGGCAACUGCAUUAGCCAUUAUGUGACCUUCCUGCAUCAGUUGCUUCACUGUCAUUCAUAAAUCCUCUCCCGUGGCCUCAUGGGAUGGUAGUGUUCAUGGGAUGCACCUAUUUUUUACAGUCUAUGGUAUGCACACUUCAGAAUCUCACCGGAAGAAGUAGGUCAUCUGGGUACUUUUUGCCAUAUCUUUUAUGAGGCAAAGUGAAAUCAGGCCUACUUGUCACACUCUGUUUUUCAUCUGUAUUGAUGUUGGGAAGAACGCGAUUUAUGACGCUAUAGCUAGGUCACGUGACCAUAACAUGGCAUAUGUACGUCCGAAUUUCAUUCAGAACAUACUUUUUUAUAGUUCGUCAGUCAAAAUUCAAAAUAAGCUACUUAUUUGGACGCUGCAAUAUUGUAUAUUUUUUUUCGGAUAGAGGAACGAGAAUGAUAAAGUGACUGAUUACACGUUAACCAGCGGUCCAAAAAGUGUCUAAAUUGGUGUAGUCUCUUGAAAAAGUCGCUAAUCUACAGGCCUGUGUAAGGCAGUUCGAGUCCCGCUCGUGUUGAUCGCAUAAUAGGCCUACUUACGUCUAUAUUAAUUAUUGGCCUAUAAUUAUAUUUUAAAGAAGACAAAAUGUUUUGUAUUGUUUAAUCUACAUUAGUCUAUAUUUUUUUUUUUUCUUUUUAAAGGUUUUUGAGUGUUUUUUUUUUUUCUUUUUCUUUCGUCACCCUAUAUUCACAUGUUGGAUGGUGAAUUUCUGUUAACAUCUGUUGUUAUCAUUGUGCAAUUGCCACUUGUUUUUCCUCAUCAUCUUUUGAUAUUGUCUAUAUUUUUAUUUUCUUUCUUUUUUGUAUCCGUUUCCUUUUAUUCAGUGUUACAGGGCCUUUACCCCCGGCCAUAAAAUAAAGCUUUUGAAAUGAU